AUGGAGGAGGGAGCUGUCGCCGCCGGCGCGUCGUCGAUGUUCGGCGCAGGGCCGAACAAACUAGCCCGUCUUGUCCAAGAUGGUCAACAUGCCAUGGAGAAGAGCGUCUUUGAGUUCGAAGCGCUGAGUUCUAUCACAGAACAAGUCGCUUUUAUUCGACAGCAGAGACAGGAACAAUUGGAACAGAUUUAUGGUGAUGAGCCAUAUUUAUUUUGUAAGCUCCUGUCUAUACAUAGGGUAUCGAAUAAUCGAAAACUCAAAAUAAGCGAGUUACUGACUGAAAUAAAAGAGAGUCUUGACUACUGCAUUCCUCUUCUUUCAGUACAGAACCAGAAGUAGAACUAAACUAUGGCAAGAGGAACAGCACAUCUGUGAUGAAACAAGGAGAACCUAGUCCCUCAUCUCUCCUCUGGCACGCAUGCUUGAACUUUCCCUGACUUUGUUGUCCAAAUCCGGUGUUCUUGCUUCAGCUCUUCAAGCGCUGCACUUUCCCUAUUCAUUCUCUUAUUUCACUGUAACUGCUAACAAACUCAUGGUUGUUCCUCCUUUCCUCUAACAGUCGGUCUCCUCCUUCCUACGAGUGCACCGAAACACGCAACGAGAGCUGAAGGCCUAUGUUGAGCUGCUGCACGAAACACACGCUUUGAGUGUAGAUCCGCAAGCUAGUAGGAAUCUAUUUUGGAAGCAAAGCAGGAUUGCGACAGAGGCUAAGGUACGUGUAGUUGGGAAUAUUUUUAUAGUGGCUAAGGUACGUGUUGACAACUACACUACUUACAUCUUUUCGUUCUCAUCCGACGACACCACUAAAAAACAUUUUCAAUGAAUUUCAUCACUUUAGUACUACAGGCUUUUUCAUCAAUGGCUACUUUAUUUAUCAACUACACUUUACAUAAUUGUACAACAGGCGGACGCAGCUGGUCAACCGGAGUAUUUCAUAGAGGCAUUGCGAGAUUAUGCACUUAAGGACGACUUUAUGACGCACGUUUUUGUGCGCACCGCCCAGAAGGAGAAGAUGGCUGAAAACGUUGCGAAAUUGCUGGAAGAGCAACUCAAGAAGAUAUCUGUUGAGUACUACCUACUUACCUUGAAUGAAUAGUACUAGUAAGAAAGAAGAAUCGACUUUACUGAGAAGCUUGAAGAGUUCCUCUCUUCAAAAAGCUCUGUACUCUACUAGCGCACAACAAAAUCAGCUCCGAGGACCGAGUUAAGAAAUUGCGAGAAGCAUCGCUAACCGCCCUCGACGCCAUAAACCACGAGUUGCUGAUGAAGAAGAAAGAGGAGGAGCAGCUUCUUCAAGAGAAGGAGGCGUUAAAGUUGAAGACAGCAGAAAUUUUACGGAGCACACGCGGCUAAGUAGCCUAUAAUUAAGGGUUAACCAAUUAUUACAUCCCCCACAACCAUUCCUCACUCUUUUUCCAGUAGGAAAGGGGUGAGGGAUGUUCUGAGGAAUGUAAUUCCGUAACCUCUAACAUAAUAGUGUUUUAUUUCAUUUGUAACUGCCGUGUCUCUCUUCGGGUCACAACUGAGCCAGGCAGUUACUUGGAGCUGCUACGUGGUUCGUGUGAAUGAAUGAAUGGAUUCAUGUCCUCUGUCAGUACCUCUCUUGCUCUAAUCCCAGAAGCUAAAAUGAUAGCCAGUAAUGAGGAGCUAAAGCAUGCGCAACAGCAACACGAUAUCGAAAUAGGAAGGCGGAUGCAGCUUGAGGAUGAGAUGGAAGCCAUGCGUGUGAGAUAUCAAAACCUCGAGUCAGAAUUAUUGGCGAGAAAGGUAUCUACAGUUUUUUUUUUGGAUUUUUAUGAAGUCACAACAAGUACAAGGCAAGGACACCAGUUAAUGAUCCCAAUUAUAGAUACUUGCAGUUCAUCACGUGGAAGUAGAAGAUUCAUACUUGCAUAUAACAAAAAUAACAACUUCCCUAUAUUUCAAACGACAUCCCUCAGAGCACAAUCCGAACCGAAGCCGAGGCGUACGGCAAGAAAAUCGAGAAGGUGAGAGACGAAGUGGCUUCGCUGACGAGAGAAAACAAGCAGCUUGAGAAACAAGUGGCAGAAGCUGAAAGGAGACGAGGUGGCAGUGCAGCAGGCUGAUGAAGAUCUCGCAUUAUACGGGUGCUCCUUGGAUUUGAAUUUCAUCGAGACAGUAAGUCUCUUUCUGCUUGAUAAUGAAAUGAAAAUCUCCUUCACACAAAAAUAAAAAACAUAUUUGAUGAAGUAGAAUCUUCUUGAAUGGGAUGUCUGAAUUUCGACCAGUGAGCAGCCUCGUAAAAAUGUUCAACAAACAAGACCUUCAUAUUAGGAUGGGAAUUUUGAUGUUUUCCAAGAAACGUUCUCUGCCAUUCGUUGGGACUCAUCUCUUUUGAGAAUGAAAAUCUGCUUUCAUCAUGCUGAAAGAAUCAGAAUACUUCCGAAUAGCAAC